AACACCCCGGCGGCGCGUACGUGACGUCGUCAACACUGCAGUCUCUCACUAGCAGCUGCAGUAGCAGAAACACAGCACGCCCAUCAAAACCUCUGUACUUCCAAGCAGCUAACUUUGAAGAAAAAGGGAAGAACCAUAAUGGCGUUGGCAUCUUCCCCACUGGACCCAGAUCUCAUGAGGGAGGUUCUUGAAUGCCCUAUCUGCCUUGAGACCUACAACCAGGACCAAAUGAGACCUAAACUCCUGCAGUGUGGUCAUACAGUCUGCCGGCAGUGUCUAGAGAAGCUGUUGGCUAAUACCAUCAAUGGUGUCCGCUGCCCCUUCUGUAGCAAGGUCUCCCGUAUGAGCAGUAUCUCCCAGCUGGCUGAUAAUCUCACUGUGCUUAAGAUCCUAGAUUGUACUAUGUCCUGCAGUGCUGCUGCUGCUGCCCUCAUGUGCAAGUCCUGCUGCAACCGUCUACCACGACAGUACUGCCAUGACUGUGCCAUAGUCCUCUGUGAGCUCUGUAAAGGGGAGGGCCACCUGCAUCAAGGCCAUACAGUCCAGCCGAUAAGGGUGGCUGCUGAACAGCGUCGUAAAGAACUGGGUGGCAAGCUAGCUGCUCUGCGUGAUGUUAUGGGUGAAAUUCAGAAGAAAAAGACAGCUAUUGAAAAUAUUUCCAAGUCUUUGAGACUAAAGUACCGAGCAGUGCAUCAGGACUAUACUACAGCUGAGCUACGUCUGCAAGAGGAACUCAGCAAGUCUCGAAGGACAUUCACAGCUUCCAUGGCAGAAGUGGAAAAGCUCAAUGGGCAGGUCCUGGAGGACCAGACAUAUCUCCUUAACAUUGCUGAGGUAAAAGUGGUGUCACGCUGUGAUUAUCUGACAAUGCGGGUGAGGCAGAGUGAUAUUGCCUUGCUAAAGGAUGAUGGUGGAGGCAGUGAUGAUGAGGAGCUGGAUCUGAGAAGCAGCUUGCCUACAACGUUUCAGCUUCAAGCUCCUGAGUUAGUCCGAACAGAGCAUUCUAAGCCUUUGGAAGUGGGCCAAUUGACCACAAACACUUACACUGUCAAUACAGAUGAGGAGGAGAGUGGGUUGGAUGUUGCACUUGAAGGUGAUUUAGAGGGUGUAGCUGGGGCAGCAGGGGCUACCAGUGGUGCAAUGGGUGCUUCAGUGGAUCUUUACAGAGAUAUUGACAUGGUAGCAGCUGUAGAGGAGGCAGUAUGUGGUUCACCAAGCAGCUUUAAGUCAAAGUCCAUGGAUGCAGGUGGAGGAUCACCUGGAGGAGCUGGGGCAAGUGCAGGGCCCCCUGUCUGUCAGUUUGUGAAGAAGAUGGGCUGUAAGGGAACUCUACCUGGUAUGUUCAAUUUACCCGUCAGCAUCUGCGUAACACCACAAGGAGAAGUGCUGGUGGCCGACCGUGGCAACUACCGUGUCCAGAUAUUUAAUCGCAAAGGUUUCCAGCGUGAAAUCCGCCGCAACGCCAGUAGCAUAGACAACUUUGUCCUGAGCUUCCUUGGGGCUGACUUGCCUAACCUCAUCCCCUUAUCUAUUGCUGUCACUCCUCAAGGCCUGAUUGGAAUCACUGACAACUACGAUAACUCAGUUAAAGUGUACACUAUGGAUGGACACUGCGUGGCUUGCCACAAGAACCAGCUGAUUAAACCCUGGGGUAUCACUGCCAUGCCAUCAGGCCAGUUCGUGGUGUCAGAUGUGGAAGGUGGGAAGCUGUGGUGUCUGGCAGUGGACCGCAACGUGGGUGUGGUCAGCUACAACCGACUGUGCUCUGCUGUGCGGCCAAAGUUUGUGACAUGCGAUGCAGCCGGAACAGUGUAUUUCACCCAGGGCCUGGCCCUGAACUUUGAGAAACGCCACAACGAGCCCCACCUGGAGGGUGGCUUCUCCAUUGGUUCAGUGGGUACUGAUGGCCAGCUGGGCAAACAGCUCAGCCAUUUCUUCUCAGAGACAGAGGACUUCCGCUGUAUCACUGGCAUGUGUGUGGAUGCCAAUGGGGAUUUACUGGUAACAGACAGUGGCAGGAGAGAAAUCCUCCAGUUUCCCAAAGAGGGUGGAUUCAAAAUUCUCAUUCAGGAAGGACUUACCUGUCCUGUGGGAGUGGCCACCACCCAAAAAGGACAGCUGCUAGUUCUGGAUUGUUGGGACCACUGUGUCAAAGUCUACUCAUACAUUCAGAGGAGGCACUCCUCCACUUCUUAGAGGAACAAUCCAGUCUAUCUGCACAUAAGCACGAGAGGUUUAAUAGGUACGUGUCGGUAGGUGUGUAGGGAAGUUUGGAAAAGGUAGAAAACAGACUAUUAUCUGUCACUUUAGUUUGGCUUCAAUCCAAACAAUUCUCACUCCAGCUUUCACUGGGUUAUUAAAUUCUAGUCAGUUUGGUUCAGUUUAAAACUUACUGGAUUUAAAUUUAAUAGCUCAAAUUGAAAUCAGCUACUUAAGCUGCCUCUUACCUGGUUAUUUUAAUGGAUCACAACACUAAAGCAAACCUUACAAUAUUUUUACUGGCACAAGUUGUCACAUUAAAAUAAGAGAAGCCAUUGAUGUCAAAGCCAAUGCAGACACAAAGUACAGAUGAUUUUCCCUCUUCUAUUACUGGCUGCUUUAUCCACCAUUCAGCCUGACUCUGAGUGAUGCAUGGCUUUCACUGAUUUGGCUCAGCUUUGCAAAAGAAAACGGGAGGAAGAAGAGCUGAAAAUGUAUUUACAUAUGAAAUAAAGCAUACCAAGGCUUUUGGCCUGUGAAGCACUUUAUUAUCGACACGUCACUGUUUCCUCGUUUUAGGUUUUAGUAGCACAGACUAACAUUGAUGUUGCUGAAUGCAGCUGGCAGCUUUAAAAGUUUACUGUGCAGUUAGCUAAUGGCAAAGCAGUAACCAAGUAUCAGCACUCAUUGAAUUGCAUUCAGUAACAUUCAGGGAACAUUAAGUGUAGAAUAUUAAAUUACCUGCAGGAAAGAGGGUUGACCUAUAAAAUCGCAACAAAUCCUGUGGAGGAAACCUGGGUAAUAUUGGGCAAUGGUAAUAUAUCAUUAACUGGGAUCCUGGGGAUUACAUAACAUUUUUUGCUGAGGUUGUCAGCCCAUUAUAGGAAAAAAGAAGACCCCAUUAUCUGGUAAAUUAGUCUGUUUAUUUUUGUUAUAGAUUCUUUGAGGAUUGAGUUAGUGGAAUCAGAAUUGGGGUUACUGAUGUUUAAUUUAUAGACUGCAUCCUAUUACCAUUUUCUUUCUGGUCCUUAUUAAUACUGUCAAGCUAGCCUGUGUACAUCAGCCACAACUUGAGUAACCAGUUGAGAACAAAAUGGAGCAGUAUAUCAGCUCCAAUGACAUUUUCAGAGCAGAGGUUACUGACAUCUAUUGUCUGAUCUACAAAGCCAAUUAUUCAACCUUCUGCUAGUGACUUCCCAGCCACAGUCUCACUCACUAGGUCACUGAGAGACAAGUUGAAGUAAUGUCUGCAAGAUAAAAUUCCUGUCAACGAAACAUCUCACCCACCUUGAUUUCAGACCUCUGAAUCUCCUGCUUGCUUUUUGUUUAAUCUGCGGCACUGAAGUUAGUGUUGAGCCGUUUUACACAUGAUUACAGAUACUGUAGCCUCUCCUCCUGCUCUCCAUCAACUCCUACUUGAAUAUAUCCAUGGCACCAUUUAGGUCAGUGCCUAGAAGACUUGCUCAAACUGUCAGACAGAGCUAUGUCCAUUAAUAAAAGAGCAGUGUCCAAUAAUAGUAGCAAAGUCCUAUGGUCCCAGACGACCUUUGUAACUUGCAAGGCCCUAAAUGCGUAAGACAGGGUCUCUUGGCUCUGUUUGUUUUUUCCUUAUGGGCUUACUGUCAAUUACAUUACACAACUGCCUUCACAUUACUACUGUUUCUAUGCCAAUACAACCAAAUAACUAAAUAACUUCAACACCCAGACCACAUCAAGCAUAAGGGUACAGCAGACAUCUACAACUUUAUAAUGUUUAAAAACUUUAUUCAAAGCUAAUGUUUAUUCAAGAGAGCCUGUUCCAUGCCAUUGUUUUCUCUGAUGUGGACUGUGGUUACACUGGGCGUGCCCUAGCUAGAGUGUUCAUAAUAGCACUGCUAGGAUAAUGAUGAGUGAAAACUCUGCAUCAAAGGACAAACAUGGCUUUGUUACACUGGGAUGUUGGUUCCGUGUUGCUGUGUCUCUCUCAGGUCUCUAUUCAACACUAGAAAACUGCGACCUGAGUUCUCAAGUGUUGGUAGAUAUGGUAAAGACAACAGCCAUAUACAGUGUUUUUCUAGUUAGUGCUAGUGUUAGCUAAAACUGCUCUGUCAUAGGCAUGCAUUUUAUGUAUUAUUUUACCAUGUAAAUUAAUUGAAUUUUUAAGUCCAUAAGCAUGAGAAAGAUGAUGCUUCCAGGUAAAAUACAAUAAAUGACACCUUUAAUUAAAUUUUUUGUGGCCUAAAUAUGGGGAAUCAAGUUAAUCAUUGAAACCUGUCUAAUGAUAUUCUAUGUCCAUAAAUCCAUAAUUCCAUAAAUCGUAAAUAUGCCUGCUCUGAGGCAAUAAGUAUCUUCCAGUCCAGUUUUGCUCACGUGAGCAGAACUACUGACUCAGUCUCAGCCUUAAAAAUAAAUAAUUUCACAAAGCUGACCUUAACUGCACCUGGAGCCCUAUUAAAUAGCAACAUAUGAAUAUAUGUAUCUAAGAAUCAAACUGUAUCAUAAAAACACAUUGUGUUUUUAAUAUUUCCACAUCAACAAAAAGAUUAGGAGAAAAUAAUAGAACUGAAUUUAAGUAUCAGGUGAAGUCUGUCACUGUCAUUUCCUUGUGCUUUUGUUUUACAUGAUGUAUUUGUUUUAUUGAUAAGUCAUGUUAUAUCUCAACACUAAAUAGACUAUGAUUCAAGAUAGACUCAGCUGCAUGACAACCUCAACAUAUCUAUUUUUUUUCCAGUACUCACACUUUAAUAAUGUGCUCAAUAGAAGUAGUCAUUACUAGAAAAUAUUCCGACUUACAAUGACAGAAAAAUGCAUAAAAUCCUAGAAAAAUCAAGUGUCCUUGUGUCAGUGUGCUCAACAUCGGAGUGUCUCACCUCAUCUGAAUAUGUUUUAUUAUAUGUCAUUGAAGAGAAGUUAUUUCCUUGCAUACUUCCUCAGAAUUUAUUAAUUUAUACUAUUGUUCACAAACCAAA